AUGCUUAUCUACAAGGACAUCCUCAACGGUGACGAGCUCAUCUCCGACUCCUACGACCUCAAGGAGGUCGAUGGCAUCGUCUACGAGGCCGACUGCGCCAUGAUCGAGGAGGGUGGUGUCAACGUUGAUAUCGGUGCCAACGCUUCCGCUGAGGAGGCUGCUGAGGAUCUCGACGACACCGUGGUCAAGGUCAACAACAUUGUCAGCUCCUUCCGUCUUCAGAGCACCUCCUUCGACAAGAAGAGCUACCUGACCUACCUCAAGGGUUACAUGAAGCGCGUUAAGGCUGCCCUCCAGGAGAAGAAUGCUUCCGAAGACGAGGUCAAGGCCUUCGAGACCGGCGCUUCCAAGUUCGUCAAGGACAAGCUUCUCCCCAACUUCAAGGAUUUCGAGUUCUACACUGGCGAGUCUAUGGACCCCGAUGCCAUGGUUGUCCUCCUCAACUACCGUGAGGACGGUGUUACCCCUUACAUCAUCGUCUGGAAGCACGGCGUCACUGAGAUGAAGGUCUAA